AGAAAAUGCCCCCUCUCCCUGUAGAUGGGGGCACCUUAGUAGAUUGUGACGGUACGGUACAAGGCACUGCUGGGCAGGCUAGGGCAGGAUCCACGAUGAACGCGGUACAGUACACUACUGGAGGGCAGAGGUCAACAAAUGGUACAAUACAGCAGACUGCUAGUCAAGCGAGGGCUGGGCCCACUGUUGAUGCGAUACUGUACACUACCGGAAGGCAGGGGUCAACUAAUGGAAGAAAUCUCUCAACCACUACAAUAAGUACGUUAGCAAUCCAGUCUGGUAAAACAAGAAUAGUUCUAGCUCUACUAAAGUCGGGGAAGAAACUUGAUCUCAAGGUUGUUGAGAUGGAGCCAGGUCUAGUUUACCUAGGGAACAGCUUCCAGGAGGCGCAACAGCUGAUUCUAGAACAGAACAAACUGAUAUCAGAGAUACAGAGUAAGCAGAGCCCUGUCGAGGAUCUUCUCAGACAAGCAGACAGUCUUAUCAUUAAUCAGCAACCUAAAGCAGAGGUGUAUGCCUGCAUGGCUGAGAGCCUAGGAAAGGCUUGGAAAGAUCUCAACGAUCUUCUUGAAAAAAGGCGACAAAUUCUUCAGAAGAAUUAUACUACACAAGGGCAUAUUCAGGACAAUUUGGAUAAGAUCGGAAAUCUCAAAUCUCUUUGCUCUAAACUGACACUUCAACAAUUCAAUAGUGUGGAGGAUAUAAAAGUUGGAAUUAAAAAUCUUGAAAAAGCUCGGAAAAGUUUACUUGAAACAUCAGUGUACUCCUUACAGGAGGGCGAAGGACUGCUUGGUUUACUGCAUGAGCUAGAUUCAAGCCUGGACAGUAGACCUGUAUAUCUUUAUCAGGCAGUCCUUGCUUCAAUUGAUCAGGUUUCCGACUGGUUGGAGAAUUUACACGAUGCUAGAGUUGAAGUCUCUGAUCUUUUUACCCUCUCCAUGUCUGUGAUGAAAAGAAAAAUUUCAGGAUUUAAUAUAAUGACUGAGAUAGACUCUCUACAUCGCCUCGUUGCAUUCAACAGGGAGAUGAUCAUCAAGAACGAUUCAUUAGGAAGUAGUAGUACUGAAGCAUGUCAGCUUCUCGAGGCUACCCUCCAGCUUGAAAGGGAAGCACACACUAUCUCAGAGAGAUCUCUGAAGUGCGUUAAACUCUCCCAGGUUUUGGAUGUAAUGGCAGAAAAUCUCUCUAUGGAAGUUUCAAUUAAGGCCUACGAUGUGCUUGAGCAAAGUGCUGAGUACCAACUAGUUCUAGAUAAUAGAAAAUACCUGCUCAACAACGCCAAGGAGUACUUUGAUGUUUGGUCGAGUGCGCUGACCAGCCUAGAGAAUAUAGAGCGAGAGGUCACAUCCUUGCAUACAAAUACAGGGGAAGCACUUCUAAAACAACUGAUUGGGAAGACACAAGAGGUUCUGACAAAGAUCCUUGAUGAGGGAGUGAUGCUAUCAGAGAAGGCUGGAAAUGGACCUGGGACCCGUGGAGUCAGGAUGAGUAUGGACAAUAUAGAGGAGGUUGGGAACCGUGUUCUAGUAGCUGCCGGUAAACUUCUUGAAGACCUUCAGCAAGCAAACCCAAGUGGAGUUCGCCUGAUAGAACUCUCCUUACUGGAGAUAGAGACCUGGAUAAAUCAAUUAAUCAAUCCAGAUAUUCCAUCCAACAUAGAUAUACAGACACUUGAGACAUACAUGGAAGCUCUACAAACUCUCCACACUGAGAUUACUAAGAAGAUUGCUCUUCUAGAUGGGUUGAGAGAGGAGUGCUCUGCUCUACCAUCUCUACAAGAAGAACAGAAACAAAAAUAUCUUCAAAAAAUACAGAGGAUAAGGGUUCAACUAAUUGAACAAAGAGAUUGUGUUGAAAACCUUAAACUGACUGGAAAGGCUUUGAGGUCCUUUAUCCAGACCUCAGAACACCUACAACAGGAGAUUCAGACCUUCGACCUCAAACUGUUGAAUAAUGACGGCUCUCCUGGAUCAAACUUGGAUUGUGAACAAUCAAGAAAACUAAUUGAUGAACUGUAUAAACAAAUAUUGGCACUAGCAGCUGGAUUAAAGCAAGGAAUACAGGACCAGAAAAUAUGCAAAUCCUCUAAACAGUCAGAUAACUUACAGGAAGCUUUGAAAAGAACUGAAGAGCAAAUUAACUUUAUAACUAAAGGUAAGUUAAUAUGGAUGCUUUUGGAUACAAAUGGAUGA